AUGGCCAUGAAGGCUAUAGAUGAGGCUCUGGCGGCAGAUGUCCCGCUCCCAGCCUCGCUACUAUGGUCUCUGGGCAAAGGGAGUCUUCAAAAGUACUUGCAUGGCGAUACUGAGACAUCUGAGCCUCUGCAAAUCUCUGCGCUCUGGCGUAAGCUCAUUCUUACUGCAACCAGUCCUCAGGUGGUCCACAACCAUAUCACAGCGGCGUGCAAUGCUUUAUCCGUGUUCCUGAAUGGAGCUGCCCUGAGCAGAGCCCGCGAAGUUCGAGAUUUUGUCCAUUCAGAAGAGGCAUGGUUUGACGCUUAUCAAUGCUGCCACAGAGUAUUCAAUGACGGGAAAACAAAACCCGCCAUUCAAGUACUGGAGACUCUUUGUCGCCUACUGCAAGAUUUUGAUGAAGCAACUCUUACCGACAUUCUGGUCAGAGCCGCCUUCCCCUUGAUAAGAACUGUUCUUUUGUCGUCUCCUCGAGCCGAGCUGAAAAAGGCAUGCCUCAUGUUGUCCUGCCUUAUUCGAAGGACCCCAAUCCUCGAUCACUUGGAGCCGCUCGUCAAGCAGUGUACGGAACUGCAUCAACCGGCCUGGACACGACUUCUUGCUAAACAUAAUAUUACUCCGCAUCAAGUGCUUAAUAUCGGUGGCGGCGGUAUGACCAACCUUUUCCUUGCCUUGGUCUUUGCCAUGACAGAUCUUGACACAAGGACGUCGGCUCUCAAACUAUGCUCAACGCUAUGCAGUAUAGAUCCGAACCAACGCGAAGGUAUGAGCCUGCAAAUACUCGCCCAGAAACAUGUCGAGCUCUACCUCGAGAGUAACCGUGCGGCACUGGGUGAAUUUGCAGAAAAUGUCUUGCCUGCCAUUCUCAAUACCAACGACAAGCUCAUGGUAUUCGUUGAACCAUAUUUGGGGUCAUGUCCCACGAGCGAGACGCAUAUGGCAGUAUUCCUUGCUGCCUUGAAGGCUGGACGGCUGCAAAGUAUCCUGACUGAAGAAGGAGUUCUACAAAUACUUCGCUCCGUGCAUAUGCUGGGAAUCACUCGCCUUGUUGAGUCUGGAGACGAUGGCUACUCAUUUUUCAGGCGAACGAUGAGCACAUCUAAUCCAGAAAUACGAAUUCUCGCGUACAAUCUUCUGACCUCAACACCGACUACAACCGCCAUCGUUCCUUCGGGGGUUCUAAGCUGUGUCUUGUCGACUGCGAAAUAUUUACAUGAUGACGCUGAAGCGCAUGAGAGAAGCGAAAUUUUGAGCAUCACACGAAGACUGCUAAAAAGGAUUGAAGCCAGUUGGUUAUCUCUCCGUAAAGCAGCCUCUUCGAAGAGUGGUAGUGAGGAAAUUGAUACGGUUGAAGCGCAAUACAAAUCGUUCCAAUAUCGCUUCUACAACUUCUUGAAGAGGGAACUUAGGCCUGGUGUCUCCUAUCCACGCCACAGUCUCAGUUUGCAUUCUCUACAAUACUUCUUCGACAUGACAACUGCAACUGUCGUCUACAAAGAUGAUACAGAGAUGAUUAAGAUUCUGUGCUGCCUGGUACUCGACCCAUUUGAGGAGGUGCGCAGCACUGUUUCCAAUCUACUGCAGUUCCUCGUCCUUCACGUGCCUGACCUGGUGUCUCGCGUUGUGGACACACAUUUGCUCAAUAGAAUUGGGCUCAUGGCAGCCCACACUGUCCGUGGUGAUCAUGCAGAUGGUAUGGGAAGACUGUGGGCUCUGUCGCGCUUCUCCCAUGACUCUCCACCAUCUGUCUCCCAUAUAGGACAUGACAAGACUGAUACAUACCUAUCGCCGCUUCUAUCGGCGAUGGGACGACUGAUGUCGGACACCGGCGAUUUGAGGCCGACCUCAAAGCAUCCUAUUCACGCGUACCUGCUGUCAAUUCACUAUCGACUCCGAGACAUGAAAGUACAGCGCUAUGAGUUGACGGAUAUUGAGUUUGUGCGAAUUUUCGACAUUUGUACCAAAGUCUGGCACCGAGUCAGCAGUCGACUUUGUAUUGACUCCCCAGACACCUCAUUAGGAGCGGAGGAUGAAGACACUAAUGAAGGACCCAUGGACCUUCUGGCUUACUCGUGGCGGGCACUACGUGAUUCAAGCCUUGUCCUACAGUCCUUGCUUGUCGCCGCACAGCCUAACAAGGCAUUGUACCUUUCAGUAGGCGAUCUUUGCCUGGAUCAACUGAUUUCAUUACGCCAUCGAGGAGCCUUUUCGGCGGUUGCGCAGACGUUCAACCUGUGUUGCGAGAAAGCUCGUGCGAGCCCGGACUCUGCUACGCGCGGUCUUAUAAAGCUGUGGUAUUCAGUCGCGCUGAAUCAGAUUGACGAGCAAUCAGAUCGUCUCACCCGUCGUUCGGCAGGUCUUCCUGCAACGAUGGUAGCCCUGCUCAGUCCCGCCGACCCUGAUUUCUUCGAUACGACUGUGUCUGAUCUUAUGAGCAUAUCUCGACGAUCAAUAUACGAACUUCCUGCUGAGGGCGCGGGAAACAAGAAGCUACCGCAGGUCCAUGCACUUAACUGCCUGAAGGAAAUCAUGACCAACUCUCGCCUUUCUGCUAUUGUUGUACAGUACCUCGAGAGAAUACUCGAAUUGGCGGCCGAUUGCCUCUCCUCGAAGAUUUGGGCCAUCCGCAAUUGCGGCUUGAUGCUACUCAGGGCUUGCAUAAAUCGCCUUGAUUCGACCAGUACGAAUGAAACGACGUCCCUUAACGGCAAGGGGUCCAAGAGCGAAAGGGUCAACAGCGACCCGUCCACCAUCGCGGUAAGUCUGCUUGAAUCAGCCGCAGAGCCUGACAGAAGCCCUCUAAAUGGCCAGCACAUCGCCACCGAACAUGCAUUUGCCGCUUUGGACUUGCUUAGCCAUAUACAUUCUGAUGAAGGGAGAGCCGAGGAGACCAACAGCAUCAUUGCGCGACAAAUUUCCCAUUCGACUUGGGCUAUAAGAGAUCAUGCAGCUUCUCUUCUGGCAACGCGCCUGUCUGGCAUGGUCCCGGCGUUGGCGAUCGAGAGGCUUAUCUCGGAGACUGGUUUGACCAGGAACGAAAACCAAGCUCAUGGAGUAUUACUGUGUUGCCGGUACAUAACAAGGACGGCUCAAGGAACAACCACCAAAGCUGAAGUCAACGCCGUUCUCAAUCUGCUUUCAACUCGCGUACCAUGGAAGGAUUUGCGUGGGCGGUCGCCGUAUGUCCUAGCUUCCUACCUUGACGUACUCAAUGAUGUUGCGGCACUCUGCUUGGAGAACACCUGGAAUUUCGAUGUCAUUGAAAAGGCUUCUUCAAGUAUGUCCUUGCCGUCUUCAUCUGAGUAUACCUCAGCUCACUGGCCUUACCUGUUGCGCCGAAUCCUCCUGCUUCGGAUGUAUCGCCAUAUACUCCGAGACACCUCGUUUACAACUACAAAUGAGCAAGAAAGGUCAUUGAUUGCUGAGCUUAUUUCCUCUCCCGACUCUUUGAGUUAUUUGCUGGACGUCAUCAAGCACCACCAUUACAAGAAACCUCGACUAUCCAUGGUUACCUUUCUUGUCAACCUUAUACAUGGUGGCUAUGACAAGCUUUGUUGCCAGCCGGAUAUUCUCCAGCAAGCAUUUUCAUGCUUGACGCGCAGUCUCGAGAAUCUAGGAGACAUCCCGCGUGAGCUGCACCAGCUUAAUUGGAGGAUCAGUCUCAAACAGCUGUCAUCAACGCGAGGGCUCGGCAACGCGGCGAUGGAACUAGAGUCGUUGCUGUUGUGCAUAGAGCUGCCGAGUCAACAGAGCCUUCAGUCUAUUCAACAACGGACCCGACAAUGGCUGCACCGGGUAGAGCUUGCCGCAGCUGAUUCUCUGGAUUUUCCAACAAGGCUGAGCGCAGCUCGAGCGCUAUCGAUCUACUAUGGGCGGUCCGAAGGCUCUGAAUCUCUUGGAUCAGCGCGAGGUGCCUCACUUCGACUCAUGCUGGUCUUGUAUGAUCUCUUGAACGACGACGAUGAAGAAGUGCGCUUCGAGGCUAUUCAAGCUACCCGGAGUAUGAAGUUGCACCAGGCCUCGGCGGUAGGAGACCUGGGCAUGUGCGCGCUUGCUGCCAGGGAGUUGCUGCUUGACGAGAUAAAUCAGCGAUACCAGGGAACACAAGCACUGGGGCGAGCUGCUGUCAUGAAACUAAUGAAUGUCGGACAAACCGGGCAGACUCCAGCCAACCCAGGUACAACGACUGACCCAUUUCAGACCUCGGUCGCGUCGAGUUUGCUGGCCAUCUUCAAAGGCAAGCAUGAUUUGUUCGCAGAAGAACGACAAAACCUGUACGUCGAUGAUCUACGUGAAGUCCAACUCUGGUCGCAAACGCUAUAUCACAGUGGGCUGCAGUGUUUACCACCGGAGCAAAUCGAAGCGGCUGUUCAGUGGACCACAGAAGGACUGGACCAGCUUGUGCAAUCGCUCCAGAUGGAACACAGCUGCAAGGUGCCGAUCUCGACUACGAAUCAAUACGAUGCUGAGGAGGUUCACAAAGCCCCCAGAUUCCUGCACCCCGUAGGAGCGACGUACGAGCACGCCACCCUCGUUCUGUUCCUGCGAGUUCUCAGCCUCGCUCGCGUCCUCCUCGCUGAUGGUACCGUCGUGUGCAAAGGAUUGCUGGAGACAUUAGAGUCGGUACGAGCAGGAUGUCUACAAGGGCAAGUUAAUGAGGUCCUCUUGGAAGCACUUGAUCUCGCGCUUGCCGAGCAGUGA